AUUCAAACCCUCCAUUCAACUCAAAACCCACAAAGCCAAUUCAGUCACCCACAUCUCAUAUCAUAUCAUAUCAUAUACUCUCCUCCAAUACCACCCAUCUUCAUCAUCAUCAUAAACAACAACUACUACAAAAAUCUAGCAAUUAAGCUCUCUCUCACCUUUAGUUUCCUUCCCCUUGUUAGCUUUUAUUUGCCACUAAAAGAAAAAGGUUGGAUCCAAUCCCAUCUUCCCCUUCCUCCCUCCUUUCUUCCCUUUUGCUAGGUUUUUGGAUUGUUGUAGAUCCACAAAGCAAAUCACCACCCAAAAGAGAUAAAGGAAAAGGCAAAGAGUUAAAGGAAAAGGAGUGGGAGCUAUAGGGGGGAAUUGAAGAUGAUUCAAGAGCUCUUGGGGAGUGGCCUAAUUAGUGGAGAAAGGAGGAUUAAUCCCAUCACCACCAAUGGAACCAUUCUACAUGCCACACCACCACCUCAUACUUAUUCUCACAACCAUCACUCUUCUCCAUCCCCUUCUUCAGCAGCAACUACACCCACCACCACCACUUCCACAACCCCAGCUGGAGCUCUACCUGCCACAGGCACCGCUCCGUCGUCUCUCAACAACUCAUCUGCACCUUCUUCGUCGUCAUCGACUGCAGCUGGAGAGCACCUGAGAUGCCCUCGUUGCGAUUCGUCCAACACCAAGUUCUGCUACUACAACAACUACAACCUCACCCAGCCUCGCCACUUCUGCAAGACCUGUCGCAGGUACUGGACCAAAGGUGGCGCCCUGAGGAACGUUCCCAUCGGCGGAGGAUGCAGGAAGAACAAGAGCACGAGCGGCUUGAUCUCAUCGUCAUCAUCCUCCGCCGUGGUCUCAACAUUCGGAAAGCCUACCACCACCACCACCGACAAGCUCAAGAGCCUGGCGGUAGGGUUUGGAAACUCAUCAUCGUCCCCAUCACUUUUCGGUGCUAGUUUGUACGAUCUCCAUCAUCAUCAAGUAGAGCUCCCAUCUAGCCCUAUCCUAUGGGGAUCAGCUUCCCCACAAAACAACUCCCACGGCCACCACUUCCUCUCCUUGUUGAGAUCAUCACCAAACCCUAACCCUAACCCUAGCUCCAUCCCUACACCACAACCGGCUUCUUCAGCGGUUAAGGACGAGCACCCAAAUGGUAUCAUCGGCAGCUUGUUCGGGACAACUAGUACCUCUCCUACUACCAGCCACUUGAAGAUGUUCGAGCCGCCUGCGACGACGGCUCGAACCCUAGCCGGGUGGGACACGUCAUCAUCGGUCAACAACCAGCAGCAGCAAGCCACUUUGCUUGGUCUUAACUAUCCUCCAAUUCCAAUGUGGACGGGAGACAGCAAUGGAAACGGCUACCUUGUUGGCAGCGAUGAACCGCUUAAUAAUAAUAAUAAUAACAAUAAUACAGGGAUGCAGGAAGUGUACCAAAGGCUGAAGGCUUCCACUAGUACAAGUGGUUAUGAUGUUUUCAACGAGAAUAAUAACGUGGGUUCUACUUCUUCUUGCUUUUCGUCGGCGGGAGUUGCUUCAUCUUCGUCAACGGUGGCCGGAGGAGGUGGCGGGUUCUCGGGUUACAUCUGGAAUCCGGCAGCUUUUACAUCUUCUACUGCUACCACCACUACUGCUGCUUCAUGGUCGGAUCUUCCCAGCACCGCAAAUAAUGGUACUGCUUAUCCCUAAUUAAUUAUCAAGAACCUUCCGGCGGCCGGAGUUUAUUUCUUUCUUUUCCAUGGGAUUCAAAUCAAUAAUUUUCUCUUUAAUUUGAUCUUUAUAUUGGGGGUGUUUAAGUCAAGAGGGUUGCUCUUGUAAUUCAGCUGGUACGUAUAUGAGUUAUCUGUUAAAUCUGUUUUACUUUGUUUUGGUUCAUUAAGUGUGAGGUGUGUUUGGAAGACUUGGGAAGGAUAUAAUGUAUGUUAAUUUGUUUAUAUAUUGUGGUUAGGGAUGGAAAUGAGUCGGCUUGGAUUUUUUCUGAACUCAAAUUUAAUCCAGCGGGUUACCAUGUAAAAUACAUAUUAGGUUUUAAU